AUGUCUUCCACAGGUUCCCAGAACGACGAUUCAUUGUGGGAUGAUGAACGACUCCCUGCCUUGGUUCUGAUUCGCGAAGCCGCAGCUGUCCUUGGGAGGAUGAUACAAGGUAUUCGCACAGGCAAUCCUUACACUCACCUCGACAACGAUAGCAUAAACGCCAAUCCAGUAUUGAGGGCUGCGCUAUGGCAGGCGGCCUACGUUUUAGAGAAAGCAUUCCGGCGCAGAUAUCGCGUUGCUUGGGCGGUGCGGGACUAUAUGUCUCAACUUACCCCUCGACAGGACGGACGGAAUGCCGACCGCGAGGGGGUUCUUUCAAAGGAAUUCCCCGCGGGCGCUGAGCUCGAAGGCAAUCAUUCGGUACCGGAGAUGCUUCCAGCUAUCAUCGUUGACGCAGAAGGCCACAUUCUCCUGUGUUACCUGCCCAACUGUGUUUCACCCGCGGUAAUGAGGAUACUCGAUGCAGCUGUCGGGGCUUUGGCGACGCGGGUUGACGGACAGUUAGAGAAGAAGAAGAGAUCAAGAGAGGCUGAGCGAGCGAAGGUAGAGAAGCAGAAGGCCAAGGGGAAGAGCAAACAGCAGGGAGAAGGUCAGGAGAGGCUUGCAGGAAACUGGAGAGAAGGGCCGGAGUUGUUCAGGAAGGGGAAGUGCAAUAUGAACCCGGGUGUGUUGACAUUCGCUCCUGCGUGGUGGCCUGUGGGUCAUGAGAAUCAACUUCCCGGCCCGGCGUCGACUUUGAAACCACCCAACGGAGAUGGUCGACAGUUCCUGAAGGAUAUUUCACUCGCCUCGGCACUCAUUGGGGCUAUCCUAUCGCAGAUAAACGAACCGUUAUUCGAAGCCGGCAUCAAGGUCUUGACAGAGCUGCACUCAAACUCGAAACUCACCAAGGAUCAUGCUACGGUGUCGACGAUCAUCGAGAUGUGGUUUUCCCCCUUCAGCUCGUUAUCCCUCAUUAUCAAUCGCGAGACUCCGACCCACCGCGAUACGAGUGGUCCCAUCUGCGGCAUGGACUUACUCGUCACCGGUGGGAAUUACUCGAACGGGGUGUUUUUGACGCCAACAUUGAAUCGUAGAUGGACAUACAACCCUGGGUGUGUCAUUGUGUUGCUGGGAAAGGCAGUCCUUCAUGGAGUCCCACAGGUGAAUGGUGAGCGGUAUUGUCUAGCUUACUUCUGGCGCGAAGGGUUAUUCGACGCCGCGGGUGUGCAGUUCCCCUUUCCCUCUACCUGGGAAACGUCUUUGUCCAGUGUUCCAGAGUCUUUGUGUUGGUCUAGAGAUAGUGGAGGGAGAUAG